CAUUGUUUGGAUUUUGCACAGCGAGCGGAUAGGAUCAGGCAGGGACUGGAACGGGAUACCACGAAGAUAUGUUCGAUGUUUUACGAUGUUUGCUAAGAUACUCUCAGCGAUAAUACCAUUGUUUUCUGUUUUCUGUUUUCUGUCCCAGGCAUCCAAUCUACGUUCAUUUCGUGACCAUUCCUCAGCCACAGUUCGGAAACAGAGUUUAUCGUCAAGCAUUUACGGAACAUCGUUGAAACAUCACCCUAAAUGCAAACCCCAGCUCGGCAAUGGUAGCGAUAGUCGAAACGAGAUCCAGCCGCACUAUCUUCCCCAGGUUUUGGCAUGAACUGUCUGUGCUCGAGGUAAUGAGAUUUUGACAUCGGGGAAUCUUUGCAUGCCGUGUUGAUCAUUUUGUCCGAAUUGGGAGACAACUGCGAUAGGGCUGUUAUAUAAUCACUAAGAGCCUUGCUUUGAUGUCGAAGUUAAUAUUCCGGACGAAA